AUGCUGAGAUACGGAGUUAUAUUGUUACUCGGGUUUUCAACUACAGUGAACAGUCAAUGCUUUUACAAAGAUGACGCUUCAAAGAAACUAAACGCGGAGGCGAGAGCGACAUUGUAUAAAAAUCAGUUGGAGUUCACAUUAAAUCUCUUCAAUGUGAUCAACGAGGCUGUUCCUAACGAUAACGUAUUCUUCUCACCUUUCUCCGUAUACCACGCCUUACUUCUGGGAUAUUUUGCUGCUGGUGGCCAAACAGAGAAAGCACUGAAAGAAUCACUGCGCAUCGCUGACACGCAGGACAAGGUGAACCUGUUGAUGGCAUACAAAGUGGACAAACGUUUGCGGGCCGUUAACAACAACAGUGACAGCUAUGAGUUCACAAACGCCAAUAAGAUGUUCGUUGACACAGCGCUACAAGUCAGAGAAUGCUUCAAAGAAGCCUUUGGUGGUGAAUUAUUUGGCCUGAAUUUCCACGACCAUCCCGGAGUUGCUCUAGGACAUAUAAACGAGUGGGUGGCCCACGUCACCAAAAACAAUAUCAAAGACCUCAUUCCUCCUGAAAGCGUUUCUCAAGCAACCAAGCUUGUCCUCGCCAACGCAGCUUACUUCAAGGGUGUCUGGGCAUCGAAAUUCCAAGCUCAAAGCACCAAAAAACAAGUAUUCUUCGUCUCAGAAACCCGUCAGACCCUCACACAUUUUAUGAGACAAAAAGGACAAUUCCACUUUAUGGUGAACGACGAGCUCGGAGCACAGAUCCUGGAAUUGCCUUACAAGGGCAAUGACAUCAGCAUGUAUAUCUUAUUGCCGCCCUACUCUAUGAAGGAAGGAGUUAACAACAUUAUAGCAAAUUUGACGCCGGAGAGAUUGGCUGCCGUUGUUGAAGAAGGUUAUCUAGGAAGGGAGGUUGUGGUCGAAAUUCCCAAAUUUACGAUUGAAAGAAGUCUACAACUUAGACCGAUAUUAGAAAGGCUGGGUGUUGGCGACUUGUUUAACGCGAGCUCAGACUUCAGCACCAUGACGGAAGAUCGUGGUAUUGUUUUUGAUGACGCCGUCCACAAAGCUAAAAUACAAGUCGACGAAGAAGGUACGGUAGCGGCGGCAGCAACAGCUAUAUUCGGCUUCCGUUCCUCAAGACCAGCGGAGCCCACUGUGUUCAUCGCCAAUUUCCCAUUCGUUUAUAUUAUUUAUGAGAAGCCAACAAACUCCGUUCUAUUCAUGGGAGUGUUCAGAGACCCUAAGAAGUAA